GUGUUGGAGCCCUACAGGAGUGCUGACACUAUUCACGCUGCCAGGAGAAACCCACCUGUGUCGCCGCCUUUGAGGUGUUUUGUCAUUACGCUCGGCGCAGCAAUCGUAAACUUGCUGUCUUCUUGUCUACGUGCGCUCAUGGAAAGAAGGAGCAGCUUCAGGUGAAACUGUGCAUCAAGUGAAACGAGGACAAGGAAGAUUUUACUGCGUGAAAACACAGAUACAAGUCAGACAGGAUGGAAACCAAUGGGAUUGAAAAUAAAAGCACAGGUAUGGAGGGUGAUCCAGACCUCCAGUUCCUCCUGCAGGGGGGAGACCUCCUCAAGGUGCUCUCCCCGUCCUGGAAGAGGACCCGUUACUUCAGGCUCAUGGAGGACUGCAAGACCGUCUGGAGAGAGUCCAAGAAAACCUUCAAGUCAAGCCAGACUUGUGAGUGCUGGUGUCACAGCUUCCCGCCUUCAUUCUCGCUUGAUGACAUCUCAGAGGUGCAAAUGGGCCGUCAUUCAGAGGGUCUGAAGAAGAACACAGAGGCGCAGGUGGAGGGCCGCUGCUUCUCCAUCAUGUUCAAGGGCCGCCGCAAGACCCUGGACCUCAUCGCCAGCUCAGAGGAGGAGGCCAAGCAGUGGGUCAACAGCCUGCAGAAGAUGGUCUCCAGAUUAAACAACCUCAACACCCAGCAGAAGACCGAGCAUUGGAUCUUCAGCUGUCUGGCGAAAGCAGACAAAAACCAGGAUGAUAAGAUGAGUAAGUCAGAGCUGAAGAACUUCCUGCGUCUGAUCAACAUCGAGGUGGAUGACGAAUACACAGAGAUGCUCUUUAAGGAAUGUGACAAAUCCAAAUCUGGAUAUCUGUCUGGAGAGGAGAUUAAACAUUUCUACGAUCUGUUGACCAGUCGGGAGGAAGUCGACGUGAUCCACGGAGAGUAUGCUAAGACGUCAGGCUUCAUGAGUUCGCAGAACCUGGUGGACUUCCUGAUGAAAGAACAGAGAGAGAAAGCCGGGCUGGCGGACGCACGCAACAUAAUCCAGAAGUAUGAGCCAGAUGAAAAAGCCAAGCAGCAGAAUCUGUUGUCCAAAGAUGGCUUCCUCAUGUACAUGCACAGUCCAGAGGCCUUGGUACUUAAUCCAGAUCACAGAGAUGUGUACCAGGACAUGAGCCAUCCCCUCAACCACUACUUCAUCUCCUCCUCGCACAACACCUACCUCAUGGAGGAUCAGCUCAAAGGGCCCAGCAGCACGGAGGCUUACGUCAGGGCUCUGCUGAAGGGCUGCCGCUGUGUGGAGCUGGACUGCUGGGAUGGAUCAGAUGAUGAGCCAGAGAUCUACCACGGAUACACACUCACCUCCAAGAUCCUCUUCAAAGACGUCAUCGCAGCCAUCAAGGAGUACGCUUUCAAGACAUCUGAUUACCCAGUUAUCCUCUCCUUGGAGAACCACUGCAGUGUGGAGCAGCAGGAAGUCAUGGCCCGCCACAUGAGCUCCAUCCUGGGCAGUGCACUUGUCACCUCUCCCCUGGGGGACGGCAUGCCCGACACCUUUCCAUCUCCUGAGGAGCUGAAGGGGAAGUUCCUCAUCAAAGGGAAGAGGUUAAACAAACUGGAGGCCAGCUUUGCUGCUGAGGCAGCAGAUGGUGAUGACAUUGACGUGACGGAGGAGGAAGAGUCAAAUGACGAAGAUGAGGCACAGCAGGAGCAAAAGAAAAAAAAGGAGAAAAAGAAGCUGAAACUAGCGAAGGAGUUGUCUGACAUGGUGGUCUACUGUAAGAGCGUCCACUUCCAUGGCUUUGAGGACGCACGACAAAACCUGAGCUUCUACGAGAUGUCGUCCUUCAAGGAGAGUAAGGCCAUGGAGCUGGCAGAGGAGUCAGCAAAUUCCUACAUCUGUCAUAACGUGGAAAAGCUGAGCCGCAUCUAUCCAGGUGGCAGUAGGACCGACUCCUCCAACUACGACCCAGUGCCUCUGUGGAAUGCUGGCUGCCAAAUCGUUGCCUUAAACUUCCAGACGACCUGCAAGGAAAUGGACAUUAACCAGGGCAGAUUCCUGGUUAACGGAAAGAGCGGCUACAUUCUGAAGCCGGCCUACAUGAGAGACGUAAACACAGAAUUUGACCCCAUCACCCUGACCCGGGGAGAAUGGCUGAAGCCAAAGGCGCUCCACAUCAUGGUGAUAUCAGCCCAGCAGCUCCCCAAAGUGAACAAGAAGAAGUCCUCCAUCGUGGACCCGCUGGUUAAGGUGCAGGUUUUCGGAGUGCCAGCUGAUGUUGCCAAGAGAGAGACCAUUUAUGUGGAAAACAACGGUUUUAACCCAUCAUGGAAUGAAAACUUCCAGUUUGAUGUUUAUGUACCAGACCUGGCACUGGUGCGCUUCGUCGUCGAGGACUACGACUCCACGUCUGACAAUGAGUUUGUCGGGCAGUACACGCUUCCAUUCAACAGCUUAAAAAUGGGAUACAGACAUGUCCCUCUGCUCAGUAAGAACGGAGACGUCCUCCCCUCAGCUGGACUCUUCGUACACAUCAUGGUCCUUGAUGCUGAGUGAGAUGUCACCGACUGCCAUGUACCUCUAAAGGACACAAGGACCUCCAUCACACAGCCACGUUCAGCUGUUUUUAAUUACUUUUUUUUUUUUGCUCUGUAGUUUUAGUUCACAAUUAGUUUGAACAGCCUUUUAAAGGGACAGUUCACAUUUUUCCUCUUACCUGUAGUACUAUUUAUCAGUCUAGGUUGUUUUGGUGUGAGUUACUGAGUGUUGGAGAUAUCAGCCGUAGAGACGUCUGCUGAUUUCAGAGAGGACUAUCAACUUGUUUCAUUCGUUUCAAUCUUCAGCCUGACAUAGCAUUUACUCUAACACCUGAGCCACACUGCCUGCGUGAACAGUGCGUGACGGCUACCACGCUGAACUGCUGUAGUGUUCACACAGACAGCGUUGCUGCUGCAGAGCUGCCUGCUGUUUCACUACUGUAUUUCCACAUUGAAAAGCAGGUACUUCACUAAUUUAUGGAGCCGUGCAAGCCGCUGCACUGUCAACAACACGGUCAUGACAAUAUUGUACAACAAAAAAGCCUUGUUUAUAAAUGAAGGGAUCCUGUCGACAGAAUUGUUAUCAGAGGGCUUUUAUUUUGAAACAAGAAGUGUUAAGUCUGUGACGCUGGUCACGUGGGCAGUGUGGCUGCUCUAACCUGUCCACACAGGCACCGAAAUAAAAAACAAAAGGAUCUGCAAUAGACACACACUGCUCAUGCGGGCAGUGUGGCCUCUCUAGGGGGAGAGGGAUUCAGUUUUCCCUAACGAUUCACUAGGGACCAACGUAAAUAUGUGUCUUUAUUUUGGGGGUGAACUGUCCCUUUAAAAGUCAGAUAAAGACCAAAUUCUUCUCAAGGGUCGACAAAGUAAAGAACUCCGUCUGCAGCUGGAAUCGAGUUGUACUGGGAGUGGGUUUAUGCAUGCAAACGCUGUACAUACACACUAGGUUUGUUUGACUUUCUAAUGCUCCAUGAGUCACAUUACAGGGACAAACUGUGUCAGUUGGUUUGUAUGAGUUGCACUAGUGUUAUACGACGUUCAGUUUGCGAUGGCAUAUCAUUCGUGUCCCUUAUUUCUGGUCAGUUAAUGUGUCGUCUAUUUAAAUCUUUUUAUCCACAUGAUAUUUUAUGAAUUCCGGAGAAAUGUAAGCCAACAUGAAAACAGCAUGCUUUGUCUUCAUCGGUCAUUUUAGUCAUCAAGUGUGGUUAUUUUUCAUGUGACAUCAUCAUGACUUUAUCUUUUGUAAAUGAGGGUGAAGAUAAAAGUUAAAACAUGAA